AUGUCGCAACCAACAGGACUCUUCAGUGUGCGCCGGCCGCGCGAAACCCUAGGAUCUAUACAAAACUUCUCAGGUAUACCGCAGCCUGCAUCUGCUAUGAAGGGGACUUCCUCGAGUCAGGAUAUGAGGGCGCCAUAUACGGGUUCUCAUGUUCGUUCGAUGUCGAUCCAGAACCUACAGCGUCCUAUGGCCCAGCCGAACUUCCAUCGUUCAUCCUCAGGCGCCGAUAUGACUUCGAUCGGACAGUCCAAUGUACGAAGAUCUACCAUGAAUCCCUUUGCCGGCAGCGCUUCAGUCUCGGCUCAUAGACAGAGCUUAGCACCGAACCAGCUCUUUGGCUCAACCACUCCUGCAUCAGCUAGCGUACAACGACGAAGCAGUAUCUACUCGCGACCUUCGGCUGCUGGUCCACUUGGGUCGCAUACCUUCUUCGCACAGCAAGCGCCGGUAAAGAGGCAGGAUCCUAGACCACUUAGCAAGGCAAACAGGGAAAGAAUGUCGCAAGAGCUGCAUGAUUAUCUGAUUCAGAACAGUUUCGAAGUGGAAAUGAAGCAUACUCUCCGUCCGACCUCGACCACUACCUCUCCAACUCAGCAAGAUUUCAACCUUAUGUUCCAGUGGCUGUACAAGAGAAUUGAUCCGAGCUAUAAAUUCCAGAAGAAUAUCGACGUUGACCUACCACAGCUGAUCAAACAGCUGAGAUACCCCUACGGCACCGACAUCUCGAAAUCGAGCAUAUCUCCAAUUACUCCCCAGCAUUGGCCGAAAUUCCUGUUAAUAUUCCAUUGGAUGAUGCAGUUAGCACAAAUGCUGGACAACUUUACAAGAGGAGCAUACGACGACGCAUGCACCGAGGCUGGAAUCGAUGUCACAGGGGAUCGCAUUGUUUUCCGUUUUCUAUUCUCUGCAUACCAGGAUUGGUUGCAGGUUUCACCUGACGAGGACGAUGAAGCAGCCGAUCGUGCUCUGGAGCCACAUCGACAGGCAAUGUCUGAGGAGUUCUCGAGAAUUAAUGCACAAUACGAGGGAGACCUCAAGACGCUGGAAGAGGAGAACAAGAAACUCAGAGCGCAAAUCGAGGAGAUUGAGCGCGAGAUGCCAGAUAUGGAUAAGUUGGACAGGCAUUUCAAGAUCCUGGAAGAUGACAAGAAGAAAUUUGAGGACUAUAACAACAAUGUUGAGGCAAAGAUCGAGAAGUACAACUCAAGAUUGAAAAUUCUAGAGACAGAGACCUCCAAGACAGAGGCGGAUCUCGAACAAGUCGAACAGGACAGACAGUCUCUGCAGGAGCAAGUUGACCGGCAAGGCAUAAACAUCCAGGAUAUCGAUCGCAUGAAUACAGAAAGAGAGCGACUUGUGAAAAGUCGCGAUGAUGCUGCUGUUGCUCUUGACCAAGUCAACAAGGCAGUUCUCGAGAAAGAGGUCCAGACUGCUCGAAAGUUACAGGAGCUCGAAGCAGUCGUGAAGCGAUACAACACUCUUGGCUACCAGGUCUCCAUCAUUCCGGCUACAGCAGCCUAUGCUAAAGGCCAAGACCACGAGCUUGUCUUGCAGCUCACAGAACAUACACCGAGCUUUGCACCAUCCACACCGAAGCCUUCGCGCCGUUCCCACAACGAAGAACAGGCAGACCGUCUGCUAGCAGGUCAAUUGACUGGAUACCAACCACAUACUCUCCUUCCACCACACUUGGCGGAUCUUCGAGGGACAAUCCGUACCUCACUCUUAUCGUUACGUAAAUCAAUAAAUGAGCGUCGACGUCUAGCUACUGACCAUGCGCUCAGCGACAGAGAUCUAAUUGAUUCUGUCCUGGAGGUGCUUCACGAGAAGCAAUCUGAGAUUGAGAACCUCAGCUAUAAGAUCAACAAUCAACGAGAUUUGUAUAAUCAGCUCAAAGAGGAUCACAAGACCAUCAACUUACAAGCACAAACAAAACGCGAAAAGACAGAGAAGGAGUUAUCCAGGAUGCGUGAUGGCCUAGAAAAAGGAGUCCUGGAACUCGAGCAGCAGGAGAUGGAAGUUCAAAUCGUAUGGGAGGGCAUGACUCAAGAAGCUGAUCGCGUGAGAGACGAGCUACACGGUGGUGUCGAAAGGAUACUUGAAGAUGUUGUGAAGUUCAAACUCCAUGUGAAAGAAGGUCUCGAAGUUUUUGAAGGCUGGGCCAUGAAAGAGGUCGAAGAAGAGCUUGAAGAGGAUAAUGCUGCUUACGCUGAUGAAGAGGGAGCGUAUGAAUGA